AUGUCCCUCUCGAUCCAACCGUCCCUAGCCACCGUCCGCGAUGUCCUGUCGGCCGCGGAGAGGCAGGAAAAUCCCCCGAACCUGAUCCCUCUCAGCGCGACUCUAUCCGCCGAGUUCCUGACCCCGUCCUUGAUAUAUCUGAAGCUAGCUGCUCGAGCGAAGACGAAAUCCAGUUUCUUGUUCGAGAGCGCCAUGACUACACAGACGAUUGGGAGGUGGAGCUUCGUGGGAGUGGAUCCCCGAAAAGUUCUCCGUUCCGGCCCCGGUCAACCCGUCGGUCCCCGCGAUCCCCUCCCCGUCCUCGAAGAAGAACUCUCCCGGUACCGCGUCGCCAGCGUCCCAGGCGUCCAACUACCCCCACUAAUCGGCGGAGCGAUCGGGUACGUUGGAUACGACUGCGUCGCAUAUUUCGAGCCCCGGACCGCGCGGGACGACAUGAAAGAUGUGCUGGAGGUGCCGGAGUCAUUGUUUAUGCUAUUCGAUACGGUUGUCGCGGUCGAUCACUUCUACCAGUUGGUCAAGGUGUUCACGUAUGUGAAGGUCCCGAAGGACUCGAAAGAUUCUGGGGCGCUAGAGAGUGCAUAUGAGGCGGCGGAGAAGGAGUUGCGGGAUGUGGUACACACUAUCACGCAGACUGAGGUGCCGUUGCCACCGCAGGGACCUAUUGAGCUGGAGCAGGAGUACACCUCGAACAUUGGACAGGCAGGGUAUGAGGCGCACGUCACAAGGUUAAAAGAGCACAUCCACAAAGGCGACAUCAUCCAAGCCGUUCCUUCCCAGCGGAUCGCGAGGCCGACGUCGUUACACCCAUUCAACAUUUACCGACGGCUACGGAUGGUCAACCCAUCGCCUUACCUAUUCUUCGUGGACUGUGAGGACUUCCAGAUCGUCGGCGCCAGUCCGGAGGUGUUGGUGAAGAGCGAGGAGGGCAGAAUUAUCACGCAUCCGAUUGCGGGGACGGUGAAGAGGGGGAAGACGGUGAAGGAGGACGAUGAGUUGGCGCAGGAGUUGUCGAACUCGCUUAAGGAUCGCGCGGAGCAUGUGAUGCUGGUGGAUCUGGCGCGGAAUGACGUAAAUCGCGUCUGCGAUCCUUUGUCGACGAGAGUCGACCGCUUAAUGAUAAUCCAACGGUUUUCCCACGUCCAGCACAUCACAUCCGAAGUCUCCGGGGUACUCCGGCCCGGAAUGACGAGAUUUGACGCAUUUAGGUCCAUAUUUCCCGCCGGCACGGUAUCCGGCGCCCCGAAAGUCCGCGCCAUGGAGCUGAUCGCGGAGUUGGAGGGGGAAAAGCGCGGCGUCUACGCCGGCGCGGUGGGAUAUUUCGGGUACAAUACCGUGGAUGCGAAUGGGACGAUUGAAGAGGGGUCGAUGGACACAUGUAUCGCGCUUCGGACGAUGGUGGUCAAGGAUGGGGUGGCAUACCUUCAAGCCGGGGGUGGGAUUGUGUUCGACUCGGACAACUAUGACGAAUUCGUCGAGACGUUGAAUAAGCUCAAAGCCAACGUUACCUGCAUCGAUUCGGCCGAACUGGUAUUCAGCGAGCAGGCAGCCCAAACAGGACUGUGA